AUGUUUCGACGGCUUUUCACAUUACAUCUUAAGAAACAAAUACUUGAAAAGAAACAGACAGGGAAUUGCAAUCAAGUUACUAAUUCAAAUCUAGAAAUAAUAGAAAGAAAAAAUUUAAUAUUUACUCGAGAGCAGGAAAGGCAGCUUGAAGCAAUUGGUAGAGUGGAGAAGAUUCCGAUUCAAGUUAAAACUUCUACAGAAAACCUUGAAUUGUUAAUGAACAAAGAUAUAUCUACUCCAUAUGAUUGUUGCAAGCAUAUUUCUCUUCCAGUGUGUCAACAAUCUGCUUUAGCAUUGAUUAAUGAUGAGUUUUUAUGGGAUAUGCAUAGACCACUUCCAGGAGAAUGUACAAUUCAAUUUUUAACUUUCAAAGAUGAAGAUCCGUACAGUUUGAACAAAGCUUUUUGGAGAACUGGAAGUUUUGUUUUGGGUGCUGUUAUAAGUAAAGCUUUUAAAGAAAAUGUAAAAAUUCAUUUACACAGUUUUCCACCACCUUACAUUAAAAGCGGUAGCUUUAUUUACGAUGUUGUAAUGAAUGUUGAUAAUUGGGUUCCGACCAUUGAUGAAUUACGUAUUUUAUCAGCUGAAUUUAUUUUAUUCGUGCAAGGCAAUCAUAAAAUUGAAAGAUUAAAAGUUAAAAAGUCUAUUGCCAUUGAGAUAUUCGAGGAUAAUCCAUACAAAUUGGCUCAAAUUCCUGAAAUUGCUAGGCAAGCAGAAGAUAAAAUGAUAACAUUAUACAGAGUAAAUGAUCAUAUUGAUAUAAGUAAUGGACCAAUGGUUGCAGAUACAUCUUUCUUUGGAAAAUGUUCCAUAACAAAUGUUAUCGGAUAUCAUAAUGGUAAAGAAAAUAUAUAUAGGUUUCAGGGGAUAGCAUUGCCGAAAGGAAUUUUGCUUAAUAAUUUUGCAUAUAAAAUACUUGAAGAAAGAGGAGCUUCUUUAAAUGAAGCAAAAUUUCCAGGACAACCAGAUAAAUUAUCAUUUGUUGGCAAACCUAUAAGUGAAAAAGAUGUACCAAAAUCAAUAGACGAAAUACAAAUGACUUAA